AUGGCGUCUUCUGAAGAAGUCGAUGGCACAACCAAUGGCCACGGGCUAACAGGCAAUGGCACGACGCCUUCUGAUAAAGGCUACGGCACAACCAAUGGCAAUGGCUAUGGGUCGACGGAGAAUGGCAGCGAGAGCGUCCACAAAUUGGGGAAACCCAAAAAAGUGGAAGAGGAGGCGACCUACUGGAAUCUGAUGAAGAAAAACCGUGCUUUUCGACUCUAUAUUUGCUCAUUCAUAAUCACGCACAUGGGUGAGUGGCUUACCUACAUUGCCUCUAUUGCAUUGGCGGAGGAGUUUCUGACUGACACGGGGACCACAUCUAGGACUACCAUUAGUAUCUUGGUGGUGGUACGGCUGCUUCCAAACGUUUUCUUAAGUCCCUUUGGUGGCAUUCUAGCGGAUGGAGCUGAUCGACGGAAGACUAUGAUUCUCCUGGAUAUUUUGGGGUCCAUCUGCCCCCUUUUCUUUCUAGUGGCCAUGUACUACAGGUCCAUUCUGAUAAUUUAUCUGGUCACCAUUUUGCAGCAAACAAUAUCAGGAUUGUACGAACCAUGUGUGUCCGCAAUCCUACCUUUGAUGGUGGCCGACAUGCCUCAAUCGGACAAUUAUCUCAAAAAGGCAACAACAAUUCAGGGACUGUCGUGGUCCUUGUUUGCGGCAGUCGGUAGCGCAUUGGGAGGCGUUGUGCUAACAUACCUGGGUUUUCGUGCAUGCUUCUUCUUGGACUCUUGCACCUACCUAUUAUCGGCCUUCCUCAUGUACCUUGUUGGGGGCACUUGGAAUGUUGCAUCGGAUGCGGAGAAACAUUUGACGGUUUUGGGUCAAAUCAAGGGCAUGGCUGUGGACGGUUUCAAUUACCUGAGGACAUCCUUCUUUGGAGCUUUGGUCUUGUUGAAGGCAUCCAACUGUGUUUCAGUUGGUGCCAGUGAUGUCUUGAAUGUCAGCUUCUCGGAGCCCAAUGGGAUGGACGAUCCCUAUACAUCCACACGAUUGGGUGUGCUGUUUGCCUGCAUGGGUUUUGGCUGCUUUUUGUUCCCCUUAAUGGCAGAUCGGCUUGUCGACAUGAAACAUCCAACAUCAAUUCAGAAAAUGUGUAUUGUAUCUCUCGCGAUUUCGGCACUUGGAUUUGGGGGCAUUGCCUUUUUUGAACCAUUUUGGUGCAUAUGUUUCUUCACACUUGUCCGUGCAGGAGGCGCAUCCGUGAAUUGGAUUUUGUCUUCUAUUCUUUUGCAAAAGUUUUCAUCUGAUGAGAUGAUGGGUCGAGUUCUGUCAGUUGAUUUUGCUUUGGCACUUUUGUUUGAGGCAACAUCGGCCUACGCUGCUGGGUUCCUCCAAGACCAAUUGCAUAUGGGAGCCCAUCUUGUGGCGUUUUGCAUGAGUUGCCUUGGUCUGGUUCUGAGCGCAAUCUGGCUUUUGUAUCAUCUAGCGGGACGAGGGGCGGGGGCUGCACCCAAGGACGAGUCCGACAAUAAUUCGCAGGGGGGCAAUGAGAGCACGCCGUUGGUUUGA